GUUACCACGAGGUACGGUGGUACACGCAUCCACCAACGAGAAUGCGUCGCACACUAAAUUAAACCUUGUUUCAACGUCACAUAAGAUCCAAUUUCAAGAUUUGCCAUUCUGUCAAACUAGACGUAAUCGCUAGAAAAAAGUACUUUGUACCCAGACGCAGGAGAAUGACGAAUGCUUGGACACUAUGACUGCUCACAGCCCCGACGUGUAAACAAAUAUGGCUGCCGGCAAUAAUGGAGCGGUUUUUUUCUUAGGAAGCAGAGCUCAUUAUGAGGUAUUAGAACCACCGAACAAUUAUGACAUCGAAAAUGGAAAUACAUCGACGGAAACGAUUUACCAAAACCAAUCAGUUGAGGAGCUGUGGCCAAACGAACAGACGAAUAAACGUGCCGACUUUGACGCUAAUUAUAACCCGGAAACGAUAAAUUGGAAUUAUUGCGAUCAAAAUAACACCGUGAUAUGUGAAGCGAAUAUGCCAGUGAGUUGUGUGAAGCGUCGCAUCAAACGUCGCUCGAGCGAGACUUUGCUUUGUGAUGAAAAACCGACUAUAAUGAAUGCCGUUGAGCAAGAUGAACAUUCAAAAUCAAAACCAUCUUGCAGAGUUUCUCUCCUGUCGUUCUUAGCGUCUCUCGCGCGCAGGAAGCGGAACUUGGAGUCGGAACAAGUGCAAUAUCUGCAACAUUUUGAAUCUGUGCUGACGAGCUGUACGUACAGGGAGUCGUGUCGGUGUCUGGAUUGUCAGAGUCGUUACUUUGAAUGUGAGGAAGAAAGCGAUGAAUACAGCUCUGAUGAUGAUUAUGCCUCAUACAGUCCACAGGACGUCGCUAAUCAGGCUAUCAUAGAUUUGGAUGAUGAUGUGUUCAUUACUACAACUCCCGACAAUGACAAUACAUCAACAGAUCUUCUGUUAGACGAUCAGCAGGAAGAGGAGCAAUCGGUGCAGGAGAUACUGGAAGACGAGGACACAGAUAAGCAGCUGCAAAUGGAAGUGGCAGCGAGCACAUCUGCCAUGUUCAACAUACUUCUGUACCAUCCAUUUUCAUGUGCUAUACAAUAAGUGAUACGACUCAUCAGAACAGACGAGACUUGGAAACGGCACGGCUAUGUGUCCGUAAUUACCGAAAUGACGCUCCUAUUUCGAUCUCAGAUAUAAGGACUGAGUAUGCAGAAUUUGAUGUCAUUUCCGUCCCUCUGUUCUGAAUAUAUAUUUAAUGGAAUACAUUCACGUGUUACACUGUAGCUCUCCAUCACGUACGAUGAGGAUUUAUAAGUCACUAAAAUAUUCAAUUAGUUAAAUAGAUAGUCAAAUGCAGACGCACAAGACGUUAUUGUUAUAUAUUAAGUAACUCCCACAGGUAGGACUCCUUCAAUAGCUUUACUAAAACGAGUGUUCAUAUUCGGGAUGUCCAAUUCGCAAUUGUUUAGUGAUUUUCUUUCGAAAUACUAGGCCAGUUUGAUUGGUAGGAUUUGCUAAUAUUUCUAUUUCACUUCUAAUUUUCUACAAGCCUGCGCUUGCGCAGUGAGGGUGUGGUUUAGUAUUUGUCCACCUGUGUACGCACACACUAGUGCACUAUCAUAUGUCCUGCAUAGUUUGUAGAUCUUCCUUGUCACCGGGUGCCACCGAAAUCGGUGAGGACGACAUCAUGACCUAUAAAGCUUAGGUAGGCUAUAAUCCAAGAGUUUAGUAUUGAAGUAGCAACUUUUUCAUCACCUAGGCAACCUUUAACCUUCGCGCUAUUGAGGUUAUAUACUAUAAAGGCAAGUUAAGUCUAAAUUAAAAGGACAGUUGAUUAUCCUUGUGCGUAUUACUGUAUUAUAUGAAUACUCUUCUUUAUUAAAUGUCUUUAGAUUUUAAGGUAUAUGCUGUUAAAUUGCGGUGUAAGUUGUUAUAACCGUAGUGCCUCUACACUGGCUCACUCACCGUUCAUAUAGUUGUAGUCUAGUGAGCAGGUGGUACCAAAAAGGGGCUGAUACUUGAUCUUAUUAAUAAUAAAUGUCUGAAUUUUACUGGACAGAAAUCUAGCUGAGUUCUAGGAGAACGGUUUAUUGAUAGUAUGGAAUUGUAUUUUUAUUGAUUCAUGCUGGUUAUCGUUCGGUUUACGUUUUGAUUCGGAUUAAAGGCAGUUAUAGUUUUGCAACACGCUUUAAAUAUAUUUUAAGGUUAAAACUAUAUGUAUUUAGAUUUAUGGUAGCUGAACACAAAACAAAUUCUAAAUAUACGUUAAUAAUAUUAAUAGUUAUAGACGUCAUUAGUGUUAAAAUACAAUCAUUUUCGUGAUCAUUUAAUAUUCCCGUCAUAUAUUAAAUAAAACAGACGCCAUUGAUCUCUUAUGUUUAAUAAACUCCACGAUGCCAUGUCUGCUACACAAACUUAAUAUGGUUUUUCACUCUUUCACUAUCAUUGAGACAGAGAUGGCAUUAUGCAAGUCCUAUUAUUUUGUGUGCACAAGUAAAAUCACCAAAAUAUGCUGUUAUUAAGAAGUUUCUAAAUAGUAAUAGGCUUAGAAGAUUGUUCCUAUAAAUAAAUCAUUCAUUAUUAAAAAUGUAUCGCUUGGUAUUUGAUCAUACAAAUAAUGUUCUUAAUAAUAAUCAAAUAUUUAGAAAAUGUUAAAUAUUAUUACUAAAACAAUAUUAAAGUAUGACGCUAGGUUCAGACCUUCGUCAAAUAGAAUUAAUAAAGACAGCUAGUAAGCAUUAAGAUCAUCAAUAUUAAAUUUAGAAUUAUUUGUUAAAGCUUAUCUGUACCUGCUUUUAGACAAUAAGUGUUAUAAAAUAAAUAUAUAUCGUAGACUUUCCUUCAUUGAAGUUAUAAAAGAAAAAUGUGUAAUUUACCACUUGUUUUGUUAGUUCAUAUA